AAAAAAAAAAAAACUAGCAGGUUGCUGUAGCAGGGUUGGUCGCCAAAAAAUCGCCAAGUUACCAUAAUCCAAAGAUUAACCAUUAGAUUUUCAGCAGAAAUUAAAAUUUAUAUUUUGUUUGAUUUCACCAUCUAAUUUUAUAUAAGCCACUCAUAAUCAGAAGAAAUAUAAUUUGAUAAAUAUCUAUACAUAUGUGUUUACAGGCAUACAUAUACAGACUUUUAGUUAUAUGUAUUUUGUAGUAACACAGAUUCCUCAUUUAAAUUUUUGAAUGUUUUUAUUUUCAUGUAUUUUUUCCAAAAUUCAGUCUUUAUUAUUUAUGAUUGAGACUCAUAUUGCCAUUGCAUUAUUAUGCGAGUAUUUAUAUUUGAAGAUGUUACAUACCAAGUUUAAUCACAUUAAUUAUUAAUAUUUAAAAGAGUGUAAUAUAUUUAAUAGCAUUAUUUUUCUUUCACUUUGCAUUUUGUUAAACAAAGAUACAUAGUAUUUGGUCAUUACACAAAGAAAUUUAAUUUAUUGACACUUUUUACUACUGUUACAGUAAGGUUGUAACUACUGUUAAGACUACUACUAAGUUUUUACUCCUGUUUGUAGUAAGGUUUUAGCUAGAGAAAAUACUAAUAAUGAAUACAAAUAAACUUUUGAAAAUUAUGGAUUAGAUAUUUGUUUUUAAUCUUUGGAUCAUUAAUAUUGAAAAUUGAAUUAUUUAUGGGCUUAAAAUUACUUUUAUUUAUUUAUUUAGGAAGGCUUUUCUGUGGGCAUUCCUCUAGAUUUGUCAAAUGUAAAUAUUGUGUAUCUGGCUUUGAAAUAGAUUUGAGAAACUUGAUAAAUAAUGCAUAGGUAUAGUCAUAUUAAUUUUUGCAGUUAAUUGCAACUGAUGUAUGUGACAGACUGUAAUAAUAUGUGCAUAAUCCUAAUGCUAAUUUAAUGUAUGAGGCUGCUGAUUUGUUACCUAUAUGGUUUGACCUUCACACAGUUAUUGCUUUAUUUCAAAACAUAAUGUUGAAGGAUAAGCAACACAUUGAAUUUCUUUUGUUAUAUUUCCAUGUUUUGUAAUUUCUUAACAUUGCUGAAAUUUAAAGUGAACAGUUUCAUUUGUUUCAGAAUUUUCAUAUAUUUUAUAUGGAGUAAAAUUUUAUUGUUUCAAUUUUUAAAUUUACGUUCUUCUUUACAUAUUAAUUAAUGCAAAAGUUCUUAAUCUUUAUGCUGUUGUCUCAGGUUCUUGCAUUAUGCCUUUGUUUAAGCCUUUUUAAUCUGUCAUGUGGCAUUAUUAAUUGUGCUUCUUAUAUUACAAUUGUUAUUGUGUGGUUUCCAAAGUGUAGAUGGUGAGAAAAUUCUGGUGGACUGUAAAAAGUUUUAUAAGUUUUUAUUUUAAUAUAUCAAGUUAUUUAAAAAGAAGGAGCACAUUUAAAAUAAGUUAUUUCUAAUGAACUAGAGUAGAUAGAGACACAUACGAUUCAUCUUUGGUUAGAGAAAAGUUCAAACUUUUACUUUAUGCAUUGAACAUGAGCAUCAUUUGUUAAGCAACAAACAUUAAAAAUUGGUAAUCUGUGUCUUGGUACACAUAAAGAACUGGUCCCUAGUUAUUGAACUAACGCAUACUGUAACAAUUCGGUUUCUCAGGUCUUGAAGAGUAGUAGGCAUAGGUGGGUACAUACACACUCUUUUAUGUACUCCCACAGAUAAAAAUUUGAAGGGGUAAGACCUGGUGACCUAGGAGGCUACUUAACAUAAACAAGAUCACAUUGCCCAUCUUAUCAUGAAAUUUAACACUCAUUUCUUUUUCUAUGCCUUCUGUAACUAACCAUGUGAUGUUGAAAGCAGAUGUAAAAUAAUAUAUUGUAUGGGGAUUUUGGCAGUAAUUUAGAAAUCAUUUAAAGGAAUGGAAGUUUUUUAUUAUAUUAUGAUAUUCUUUUCCAGAAUAAUUUUGUGGACUAAUUCCUUUCUUUUUCCAGGUUAUGUUUUUAAUUUCGUCAGCACUAUUUUAUCCAAUCAUUUUUUUUUUAAAUUUUAUAUUGUCAAUAAUUACCUAGUAAACAAAAAAGAGAUGUGUUGGGAAAUUUUACUCUACUUUGCUAGUUUAAAAUUGUAUGUAUGUUGUUCCUAAUUUAACCCCUUUAAAUUUAAGGCUUUUAUGUUUAUCCUUUUACUAUACAUUAAAGCCUGCUAAAAAAAAGCGGUACUUGCAAUAUUAAUGCAACCAUCUUGGCGCAAUCUGUUGAUCCUUUACCGAUAGAUGGAAUUUAGUUACUUGCUAGAUGGAAGCUGGCGAUUUUAAUGACUUUCUAUGAAAAGGUUGCUGAACUAUCAAUAUUUAUCAUAAAACACACUUAAGCAAUUUUAAAAAUGAAUUUUAAUUAUUAAAUAAUGAUUAUUUCACACAUUUAAAAAUAAAACACAUUUUUUUAAGAAAACCUUCUGUAAUUUUUUUUACACUGUUUUUGUUUAAAAAAAAAAGAGAAUUGCAUAACUUCCAUUGCAUGCCAGCUAUCUGGUAGACGCACCUCAUAGUCAUUCCCUUUUGUGAUUUUUGCAGCAAAAUACUAUAUUAUUUUAGUUCUUGUAUUGCUAGCAAAUUCCACAAGUAUGUAUUUUAAAAUUGAGUGUAAGGCAAAAAACAUUGAGGCUUGUCUAUAAAAACCUCUAUAACUUGGAAUACAAUAAAGAGAAUUUAUAAGAAAAUGGCGAUGUUGCUUGACUGAAGAAUUUAAUAGACGUGUGAUUGCCAGAGUUUGGCACAAUCUGAAAACUUGGUAACUUCUAUUAAGGUGGUUGCGUUAAUACCAAAAUAAUAUAACUUUUUUCAUUGUUUUCAUAUAUUUCAUUUAUUUAAUGAUCUACAAUGAUUUUUCUUGUAAAUUUUCAGAAUAUCACGGAAAUACUGAAUUUUCAUCCAGUUACAACUAUUCAAUUCAGAAGCAUGUCAGAUUAAGAUUUUAUGAAUGGUUUAGAAUGUAUUGCUUGCCGUAAGACAUUUUCUUCCCUCUUGGCUCUCUCAAAACAUGUUAAAUGGGGCCACAGAAAUGAUCACAAUCCUUUGCGGUAUCAGUGUGGUGUAUGCUCCUACUCAUCUGACAAGUCAGAUCAUCUCAAGCGACAUUUAAUGACACAUACUGGUGAACGACCACAUAAAUGUAUGUACUGUAGCAAAAGUUUUACAGAUAGGUCUAACUUCAAACGUCACCUUAUGACCCAUACUAAAAUUAAGUCAUUUGUGUGUGAAAUCUGUUCUUCGAGUUUUUCUUGCAAAGCCUUAUUAUCAGCUCACAGCUUAGAUGCUGUGAAAUCUUUAGUCUCAUUAGACAAAAAAUACAUCCAAAUUUUAUUGGAUCAGAAAAUCCCUCUUAAGGACCUUACAAUUAGUUUAUUAAAUGCUUUAUCUUAUGUUAAUGUAAUUUCUUUUUUAGAUUUAAUGAAUAAUUUAGAAUGUAUCGCUUGCCGUAAGACAUUUUCCUCUCUCUUGGCUCUCUCAAAACACAUUAAAUGGGGUCACAGAAAUGAUCACAACCCUUUGCGGCAUCAAUGUAGUGAAUGCUCCUAUUCAUCUGCCAAGUUGGGUCAUCUCAAGAGACAUGUAAUGACACAUACUGGUGAACGACCUCACAAAUGUACAUACUGUAACAAAAGUUUCUCUGAUAUGGCUAACCUCAAACGACAUGUUCUGACUCAUACUAAAAUAAAGUCGUUUGUAUGCGAAAUAUGUUCUGCAAGUUUCGCUCGCAAAUCCACAUUAUCUAGACACAAGUUUAUUCAUUUUGAUACUAUAUCUUAAAUAGUUUUUUGCUUUGAUAAAUUUUGAAACGACUCUUGAAUAUGUAAUAUUAAUUUGUAACUGACCAUCUUUAAUUAAUAUUCUCAAAGUUGUUAUACAUAUCUGUAUCAAGUGGACUUGCUGAGUUAAGGUAUGGAAUCUUGUCAUCUGUAAAUGGAAUUCAGCAGUAGUGAGUUUUCAUUAUCUGCUGUUGAACUUCAUAUGUUCUAUUGUAUAGGAAUAUACAGCAACUGAACCAAAAUCAGGCUUUGAGUGUAGGUGCUAAAUGCUUUUUUUUUGGGGGGGGCAGCAAGCAAUGUCCUUGAAUUAUAAUGUUGAUGCUGAUUUUUUUUUUUUUUUUUUCCAGUAUUUCAGAAUUGUUUUUAUUUGCAUGAAAAACUUUUUGAAUAUUGGUCAGUUUAUCCUUGCAAAUGGCUGUAUCUAAUAUUCAUUCAUAGUGUGUGUGUCACCUUACAUAUCUUGUUUAGUGUGAUACUUUGUUUUAGCAUUUAUUUUCAGCACUUGCUGGUUACAGUUAGUUUCUGAUUUGUUCAAGAAAAUGAAACUAUCAAAAAGCUUUGCUCGGUAGGAUAAUAAGUAGAUGUUGAACUCACGAGUACAUAUUUAAAUGUUCACUACUUGCAGCAUUAAAUGCUUUUGCUGGAAAUCUUUAUUUCUAAAUUACUUAGAAAUAGACAUUUCAAUUCUUGUAGAAGAAUAAUUAAGAAAAAUGAUCUCAAGUAAUCUUAUAUUUCUGAUGAAAUUCAAAAUCCAGAAUGCUUGUCACAUUUAUAAAUAAAUCAAUAUAACAUGCUGUAUAUGACAACUCUUAUUGAUUUUUAAGAUACUUAGUUAAGAGUCUUGUAAAAUUCAAAUCAGUAUGUGCCAGUUUGCUUAUAAACCAGUUAUGCGACAUAUAUAUGUAUUUAAUAGGUGAUCGUAUUAUUUUUGUGUUUAUUUUAUGCUGCAUUCGAAAACAUUCAGUCAAAUGAAAUUCAUGUUUAUCAUUGGUUAUUUUAGUGAAGUUUGAUGAGUCAUCCAAAUUUUUAUGAACUUCACCCAUUCAUGUAAAAUUUAAAAAUUCUCCGAAAAAAUGUUAAAUCUGAAAAAGCAAGGUUUUCUUUUUUUAUAUGUAUGAGUGAAAAGUUAAAAAUUAUCCACUUUUAAAUCUAUUUUAUAGUUACACAGUAACACUAAUCAUAUGCAUGGUAUUCCAAAUUGAUUCUGAUGUUCUGCAAGCUCCUAGAUGUGUACAUUUUACUGUGAGGUGUUUUAUAUAGUUUUAAAAUUUAUAUAUGUUGUGUAACAUUUUAUCAUUUGCAAACAGAUUUAUGUCAUAAUUUAUGUAUGGUUUAAUAGACUCAUACAACAUGGAAAAAAUGUAUUUAACAUAAGACAUAUGGCAAAACACUUCUUUGUAUAAUGAAUGUGUAAAAAAGGAAACAUGUUUGAAAUUAAAAAAUGGUACUUAAUUUUCUUUAAAAGGAACAUUUGCAUGGGCAGUUAUUAUUAAGAAAUUUUAGAUACAUCUUAAAAUAUUUUCAUCCUUCUUGUUAAUUCUUUUUCCCCAUCAAAGUGUCACAUGAGGAUCAUUUAGGAAGAUAACAAUUAUUUGCUUAUAUAAAACUAAUAAAAUCAAAAUUGCCAUUAAUAUUAAAUUACUCAAUUUAUUUUUUAAUAUCAAAAAUCAGCAUCAAGUUGAUUUUUAGCAUCCCCCUUAGCAUCUUCAAGCUGUUUGUAUUAAUUGUAAAUAGUAGUGAAAUUUUUUAAGUUCCUUAGUCAUCAAAAUCCUUUCUCUGUACAUUUAGCCAUCCAGGAAAUAUAAAAUUCAAAACUUCACUGCCAACUUAUAUAAUUUGGGAUCUAUCGGUUGCUAGCAUCAGUUUUUGUGUAUAUUUUCAGAUCAGUGAAAGGAAAAUGAGUUAUGGAUUAAUUGGUAGACCUAAAAGAUGUCCAGAAUGAUAAUGAUAAUUGAGAUUCAAUGAAUCUCACGUAUAUAAUUGAGAUUCAAUGAAUCUCACAUAUAGUACAAAACAGUCAGCUUGAAUUUUCUGUUUAAAUGCUGAUUCACUAUUGCAUUAAAAUUAUAAAUUUAUUUUAAUGUAGGUCUUGGUUAAAUUAAUGGAUAAAAGAAUUUUAAUGGCUCAACAAUUCAAAGCAAACUUCUAAUUUCAUUCCUGUAAAAGUUUUUCUGGAGAUAUUAGUAUUUAAAAUACAAUUGCAUUUUUUAUCCUGAGAUAUUUUUGGUUUUAUUUAAAUAUUGAAUUCUUUUACUGUAUUGCUUUACAUAUAUUGGUUCUGUUUAUAAAUUUUAUCUGUUUUAUUCAGUGUAUUUCAUGAGCUGUUUAAAUAUAAUGGUACUUAUUCAUUUUAAACAAUUAUUUAUAAAUCUAAUGUUAUUUCAAAAGCUAGAUAAUAUUAUUUUUUCCUGUUGUGAGAAAAUGUGAAAUAAAUUUCACAUAAAAUAUUGUAAUAUUAAAAGCAAAUCAAUCCAGAAAACUAAUAACCCCAAAAUAUUAAAAAUAGGUUAUAAAAUUCUUGACAAGGCCUGAUAAUGUGUAGGCUAAGAACCCCAUGUAUUUCAAAGCCAACCACAGCAUUGUAUGUUUUCCAAUACUCUUUUUCCCUGAUAAAGGGAAAAUCAUUUGGCAUUGAUGAUUCUUGAAAAAUUAAUAUGGCUAGAGUCUCAAACUGACUUAAAUGGCUCUAGCCUGAGAUAUCUCUCUUGAAUAUUUGUGUUUUAUUUAUUUUGCAAAGCUGUAUCUAUUUCUGUUUAGCUGUAUAAUGUAAAUUGUAUAAUGUGUAGUUUUAUGAGCUAAAAUUAAAAAAUUAUAUUCAGCUAUAGAUUAGCACUAAUUUUAAGGAAAAGGAGUAUGAGCAUUUGAGAUAAUCUGAUCUUCUUUUCUUCUCAUGUAUCCAGAGGCGUAGCUAAGGUUUUUCAGUGCCCGGGGACAACUAAAAAUUUUGCGCCCCUUUCUGUGUUCCAAAAAUAGAAAACAUUUCAUUCUGAAAUGUAUAUCAUCAAUUUGCCGCCCCCUGGAUGCUGUGCCCGAGGAUGGAUGUCCCCCCCUCGCCCCAACCUAGCUACACCACUGCAUGUAUCUUAACUUUUUCAAGUGACCACUGAGAUUCUUAACUAUGAAUGGGACACUUGUAUGUUGUUUCAAGGUCAAAAUCUUAUAAAUUAAAUUGUUUGAAUUUGUUAUUUGUCUCUUCAGAGAUUCUCAUUAAAUGAAAUUUGACUAAUGUUUUGAAAGUAUGUAUGUACUUCAAAUUAUAAAUUAAUGUUUAUGUACUUUAUAUCUUAAAAUUAGAAUUUAAAAUCUCAUAUUUUUAAUUAAUUAUUCGGAAUUUUUGGAAAAAUUAAAAACACUGUGCUUAUAUAGAUAUUAUAACUUUUUCUAUUAAUUUUUUGCAUGCUUUAUGUAAAGAGAAUUAUUCAAUUUUUUUAAGCACUUGAUUUUAUAUUUUGCUUUUGUUGUUGUCAGAUGAUUUUCAGUCUCUUUGGAGAAGAAAAUUUAAAAGAAUCUGUCCAAUGAUAACUGAGCAGUUGUAUUAAAUUGAGUAUAUUUAAUAUCCAUGCAUCAUGUUUUAUGUAAUAAAUUAUUCCAUU